UGUAAGGUUGAGCACUUUUGAGUUGCCAAGCCGCGAGUAAAGUUCUGGGGGAAAAAUGCAACUGAGUUCACUGAAAGCGAACAGGUUGUCCUUGGUCAGACUUUCCGAGCUGAUCCGACAAGUUGUGCACUUGGGAACGGAAGGUUGCAGGCUUGACUGUAGCGGCGGGAUAGUGCGGAGGGCUCGGCUGCAGUGGUCCGGCGCGGGGUCUAGGACUGCGUGGGUCCGCUCGGCAGACCUCGUCGGGACUCCCUGCUUGCUCCAGAACCACGGGACGCGGCGGAGUUUUCACCGCUCUCUAAGUUGUUCAGCCGCAGACUCAACUUACGAGGAUGCGUUUCGCAGAUCUGUCGAGGAACCAGAAGACUUUUGGAGCGAAUGUGCCCAAGACAUUGUCUGGUUCAAACCGUGGCAAAAGACUCUGGAUUUUUCAGACCCGCCUUUUGUGCGCUGGUUUGUUGAUGGUGAACUUAAUGUGUGCUAUAAUGCACUAGAUCAUCAUGUUGAAAGUGGGCGGGGAGACCAAGUUGCCAUCAUUUACGACAGCCCAGUCACAGGGACUACACAAAGCAUUACUUACAGAGAAGCUUUGGAACAGGUUUCCAGGUUGGCUGGUGUGCUGGUCAAGUAUGGAGUAAAGAAGGGUGAUCGAGUUGUCAUUUAUAUGCCGAUGAUUCCCCAGGCAAUGUACACCAUGUUGGCUUGUGCAAGAAUUGGAGCCAUACACAGUUUGAUAUUUGGCGGCUUUGCAUCGAAAGAGCUUUCUGUUCGUGUGGACCAUGCCAAGCCCAAACUGAUUGUCACAGCAUCAUUUGGAAUUGAGCCAUCACGAAGAAUAGCGUACAUACCACUGCUGGAAAAAGCUUUGGAAAUUGCUGAACACAAGCCAGAAAAAGUCAUGAUUUACAAUCGACAUAACAUGGAGAGAGUUCAUUUGACCUCUGGUUGUGAGCUGGACUGGGAUGAAGAGGUUUCUGCUGCCCAGUGCCAUGACUGUGUCCCAGUAUCUUCAGACCAUCCCUUGUACAUUCUUUACACAUCAGGAACAACAGGAACGCCAAAGGGAGUUGUUCGUGCAUCUGGGGGAUACACCGUAAUGCUUAAAUGGACCAUGUCGAAAGUGUACGGUCUCAAACCUGGUGAGGUUUGGUGGACUGCUUCUGACCUGGGUUGGGUAGUAGGACAUUCUUAUAUUUGCUAUGCGCCUCUUCUUCAUGGGAAUACAUCCAUCUUGUAUGAGGGGAAGCCUGUUGGGACUCCAGAUGCCGGAGCAUAUUUCCGACUGUUAUCUGACCAUGGUGUGGUAGCUUUAUUCACUGCACCAACAGCACUGAGAGUAAUUCGCCAGCAAGACCCCGAGGCUGUGCUUGGAAGACAGUACCAUUUUCCAAGAUUCCGGACCUUAUUUGUGGCUGGGGAGCAUUGCGAUCCGGAUACUUUGAAAUGGGCCAAACAAAUCUUCAAUGUUCCCGUUCUAGAUCAUUGGUGGCAAACAGAAACAGGGUCUCCAAUAAGUGCAUCUUGUGUAGGUCUGGGGAACUCUCUAAAUCCUCCUCCAGGACAAGCUGGAAGACCUGUUCCAGGAUAUAAUGCAGUGAUUCUGGGCCAUGACAUGAAGGAAGUGAACCACAAUGAACUGGGGAAUAUUGCAGUCAAGUUACCUUUGCCUCCAGGUUCUUUGACAACACUUUGGGAAAAUGACAAGUGUUUUAAAGAGCUUUACUUUACUAAAUAUCCAGGUUACUAUGAUACAAUGGACGCUGGCUAUAUGGAUAAUAACGGAUAUUUGUAUGUCAUGUCUCGGGUGGAUGAUGUAAUCAAUGUUGCAGGUCAUAGGAUUUCAGCUGGUGCUAUUGAAGAGUCGAUUAUCACUCACCCAGCAGUCGCGGACUGUGCGGUGCUGGCCUUUGAGGAUCCUGUAAAGGGACAUGUUCCACUAGCCAUGUGUGUUUUAAAAACCGGUGUAACUGAGACAACUGAAAAACUUUCAGAAGAGAUAGUUAAAAUUGUUCGAGAUUCCAUUGGUCCAGUCGCUGCAUUCAGGAAAACAGUUUUUGUACCAGAGUUACCAAAGACACGUUCUGGCAAGAUACCUCGAUCUGCACUUUCAGCAGUUAUAAAUGGCAAGCCUUUCUCAAUAACACCAACCAUCGAAGAUCCAAGAGUUUUCUCUGACAUUGAAGCUAUAUUGAAACAGAAGAAAAUUGUAUCUCAACUUUAAGUGCAAUAUGAUGAACUAGUAUUACUUUUUUAUUCCUGUAUCUAUAUGCUGCAAAUCACUGAAUGUAACAUGUGAACUCUUUUUAAACCACAGUGCUCACAUAGUAUGAACUUUAAUUUCUGUAAUGAUGCUGCACUGGAAAGCUUAAAUAUAGUAUAUUUUAUCUAAAAUAUUAAAAAUAUAUGGUACUUAGUUUUCCUUACUGUUGUCUGUAUUUUUUUAAAUGACCAUGGCUCAUGUACUAAGAAUUGAUUAAUGCCAUUCCAUUUGUAAUACGGGCAGGAAUUGUUUACCAUUUUAGUAAUAAAAUUCUUAAAAAAUCAUAGAACUACAGUAUAUUUCAGUUCUAUCCAAAAAUGUUUAACAUAUGACUAUUGAAUAAAGGUAAC